GAUCGCCGGCCGCCGGAGAAAGAAGAGACAUGGACUCUGACUGCUGAUCAACAGGAUUCGUGCGUCUGUUUUGACGGUGUCGAUUCUAAAGUGAAAGAUGAGCACAAUUCCGAGAAAACACAAUUGAAAUCGCCUGCGGAAGUAAUAUCAGUGGAUGCGGGCGAUAACGUUGACAAUACUUUGCCACGCAGCCAGGAGACCAGGAAAAGUAAGACUAAAAAAGUGAAGAACUAUCUGAAGAAGUGCAAGGGCGCGCUGUCGAAAGGUGAUGAGAGCGUCACAGACAAGAGACGCCAGGAGAACUGCACUUCGUGGUACUUGGACGACGUUUCAACUUGCGCGAGUCAGCAGGAGGAUCACGAUGAACCUCCGGAGAAGUAUACGGAAUUCCCCGAAGAGAGACUCGAAGAGGCGGUCCGCGAUGUAGAGUCUGUCGAAGAUCCUGUGCCUGAAACGCUCGAGGAGAAUUUCUUGAAGGGCGAGAACUUCGAGGAAACUUCGCAUGAUGCUCUCACCAGACUAUUGGAAGAGGAUCGUAGGGCCGAUCUUAGCAGAAGCAGAACGUCUUUGUAUGAGGACGCCAAAGAUGCAAAUUCAGAACAAUCUGUCUCGGACGAGAAAAUUCCGACGAAGGAAUCAGAGCUUUUCCGUGAUGAAGAAAAAAAAGAUGCGGCGAUCUCACUCGAGACAUUAAUGACGGAAGACACGAAUCUGAAUAAGUGCGAUUCGAACGAUACAUUGAUAGCAGAAGUUCCGGAAGUAAACGAGACCGCAACAGAUCUUAACUCGGAAUUAAUGAUUAUUGUGAAGGAAGAAGAGGACGCACCGAAAGUUCCUGCGAGCGAGGAGAUAAUAGUUCCUGCAUGCUGUGGAAAUCGUGGGGAUUUCGCUUCUCUGGUCCGGAAUUUGCUCGGUCCAAUUUACGGCGACAGUGUUAUGAAUUUACUGAUAAGACAAGCACGGGAUAUCCUAGUUUGCGCUUAUCACGGCAACUUGGAGAACUUCGUCCGGACUUAUCUCUCACCUGCUGCAGUCCUUCUAGCGGAAGUCAAGAAUGUCGCCUCCGAAACGGGAAACGAGGCGGUGGUGCCUGAGGGUUGGCCUCUGACGUUAGGCGGCAACGGCCUGAUCUUGCAGCUGGGGGAGCUCGAGGCAUCCGCACUGCGUCUUGGGGAAUGUUACCUUUGCGUACGCAGCGCGGCUGCUGCAACUGCAACUGCAAUCACCUCGUCGGUCAGCGGCGCUACGACCGCCGGUGAAGCCGUCGAGCAAAAUACCGUUGAGAUAGCAGUAGUCUGGCGAACUACGUCGAUGAGGGCCCCGGGGAUUUUGGGUUGGGAUCGUGAAGACGAGUUUAUGGACUGGCGGGACCUGACAAACAAGGGUCAGCCGAGCUCGUCGAAUACGAGCACAAAUCUCAGCGGAGCGCAGCCAUCGAGCGUGAUGAAAACCACCGGUCGUCCGCGGCGAAGAUCGCGCGAGGACGCGCGUCCGAGGACACGCGAGAUCAACAAAACUAAUAGCGCUGAACAUCGUCGGGAGGAGGCCAGGUCGAUCGAUAGGCUGGAACAUCAAUUCUGUCGUGAGAAUCACACGAUCGGCGAAUCCGGUCAUACUGUCACAGUGAUGAAGUCCAGGUCCGCGUCCAGUGUCAAUACUUGGAAGGACGACCUCGACGGCGACGAGGAUGAGCUAGAUCGAAGCACGAGUUGCAGAGUGUGUUCCAAGAAUUCCUCUAGUCCCAUCGGCGGCGACGAGAGUCGCGCCAAAGUGAAGCGAUGCACCAAGGUGGUCUCCCCUACAACAAUGGAAAAAUGGAAGGAGAGCAGUAGAUGCGAAAUGCGUAGCAGGUCGAUCGCAUCGGAAAAUCUGAAGAGUCCUCUGCAAUUCGAGGAAAGUAUUUUGCGGCGAGAUGACAUCGCCGAUGAUUCACCAAAAGAUCUCGAGGAUAGACUGCGGAACGCGGGUGGUCCAGACGAUAUUAGCGACGAGGAUCUGCCGGCAUACAUAGGCAGUUUGCUUGUCACCGUUGAGAGAAAAAUCGAAAGAGUCUCGCUCGACGAUAUGACGUUCCCCUGUCCGGCGUGCAGGAAUAUAGAUACGGACGAUCCAUUGCUGGGAUGCAGAUGCGCUGGCGACGACUGCGGCUGCGGCGAGGAUAACUGCGAUUGUUCUUCCUCUGCCUCACGAAAGGAACAAUCCGCGAAGAGCUUCGAAGUGGCGGGAAUCAAGCAUAUCGAUAGUGACGAUGAAGAAGAAGUACGAAUGGGAUUCGGAACCAAAAAGCGAGUUGACGAAGUAGCAUCACCAAGGACUAUCCACGACUUGCCAGAACACGUUCUCACAUGUGGCCUGUCACUUCCCGGAUACUCAGACGUCGCCGGGAGACCGGUUAUCGAAUUCGAGGACAAUGUAUCCACAAGGGAAACCCUUUCCAUUAGAGAGACGUCGUCUUUUCUACUCUACCUCGCUCGUCUACCCAGCUCCGACUGCACAAAAAAUGGCUUCACUAUUUUCAUACGCGGCGAUUCUAAAGAGAGUCUGGAGUUUAUAGACGAAGUAGUGGUCCUGUUGCAGGGCAGAAUCAACGUGGCUCAGACUCUCGUGCUUCGAAAUGCCGCAACAAAGGAUGGCCUGAUUGAAUCUCUCUUACCUCUCAGUAAAGUCCAGACCGUCAUCGUGAAUGACGCCACUCUCGCAAAGUAUAUUCCCAGACGAGAAGAAAAUCAUGAUCAGAUGCAAUGGAUCACUUUUUACAAGGAGUACGACAGUCUCAUGACGGAGUGGCAAUCGGCUGGUCGCAGAUUAGCCCUCGAAAUGUCGGACCUGAAGGAAUGCACAAGCCUGUCUGGCACUUUGACGCCUCUCGGUCGGCUCCUCACGGACCCCACAUUGAGAAGAACGUCUAGAGAUGCCGAAGAAGCCAUCGCCGCACUCGAGGAACGCGCGGCUCCCCUUCUACACAUUGAGCACGUUAGAUUGUCGGUGAAACGAGCCCGAAGACUGGUGGAGGAGGUGGGUAAGGCUGCCACCAGGCUGGAGUCAUCGUUCGAGUCGCGACGCGCGACUAUCCGCAAUCUCGCGGUUCUGCGGAGCAUCGAGGAUCAAGCACACGAGGUAUUAUCGUGGCUUUGUAAGAAAGGCGAAGAUAUUCUGUCGAAGCACGCACAACAUAUAGCGACGAAUUUGACGUCGGCACGUCUUCACGAACGGGAAUUCGAGAAGUUUUACUUCACGUCGAUGGCGCGGACUGCAAAGACCCCUGCCAAGUGUGCACACUUCCUCCUUUUUUUAUUUAUCUGCCAGCGAAAUGAAGAAAUAACACGGAAGGAGUCGAGACGACGCCGAAAAAGAGGAAGACGAAAAUGAUUAUUCCU